AUACAAGAAAUGACAUCAAAGAAGCAUUUCGUGGUCCAUCGGGUGGUGACGACCACGUUGAGGAAGGGGGUAGGACAGCACAGCUGCCUGUCGAGGGGGCGGCGGCAGAAGAUGACGGCCAGACUUCAUGGGAGGUGGGUCACCGAUCACUGAUGCCUCUUUCUCUCUCCUCUCUAUACAGUGCAAAAAUACAAGGUUUGUACUCCUGCACUAACAAAAUAUUAGUUCUGAAUUGUGGUCAACAAUUGGUUUAGUAUUGAUUUAUACUCACAAUUUUUCCACCAGUCAGAGAUAGAGUGUGUUCUUCUUUUGAUAGUUCAGUAUUGAUUUAGAAUAAUUAGUUGAUAAAUAAUUGAGUCUAGCUUUUUAGUUGCAUAGUUUAGUACAGAGUAUUGAUUUUUGCUCCUAAAUUUGCCACCAAUCAGAUUUGGGCUCUUUUUCAUUUUGAAUUGUUGAAAUUUGUGAUUAUAAAUUUGAAGGUUGUGAAAAAAACUUGGAUAGGCAAAAAGGGUUUUUGAUUGUUGUUUUUUGUAUGGCUAUUUUUGUAAUAGUAUAAAUUCAUUGAUUAAAUUAGUGCUUUUUCUAGCUGGGAAAUUCAUAAAGUAAAAUUGAUAUGUAGUUCAUAUUUGUGUAUAUCAAUGGCAUGUUUGUGAAUUAGUGUGAAUCUUUUGUUCAAUUUUUAUGUGUAAAAGUACACCAUUUGGUAUAUGGUUUCAAACUUUCAAUACAUCUAAUCUUAAUUGUUUUAUUUUCCCUUGAUGAAUUUAAAUGAAUUUCCCAACAUGCCCUUAAAUAUUCAGCGAAAUUAGUAAAAGUACUUCAUUUUAUUCUUUGUAUAGAAUUGAUAUGUUACCGGAUCCCCUUUUAAGCUAAUGGGGUUUGAUGAAUUAAUGUGGUUUUUUUUGUUUUGUUUUUUCUUAUAAAGAACCGCUUUUAAGCUGACAAAUGAAUUACCUUGACUCUUAUUGCAUCAGUAUGCUGGUAUAUAGAGUGCCAAAUAAGGGUAUUAGUGAUCACUUUUUCGCCAUUAGUUUGCAGAACGGUAAUCAUGGAAGGUCAGUUUUAGUGAUAUUUAAAUUUCAUUGUAGCAGUAAUUCUUAAUAACAAAUGCUAUAUAAAAGCCACUUAAAUUUACCAAGUGUUAUACGUGAGAUUAAUUUUAUCGAGUUCUUUCUUAUUUUUACACGACGAGCAUAGAGGAAACUAAUUGAAGGAGAUAUAAAUGACAAUUAAAUAAGAUAUCGUUAGUGUUACUUAUGAACAGUCUUCCUCUCCUGUUUGGUGUUAAUACAAGUCAACGAUAUUGUUAACAAUGUGUACAAAUUUAUGUUGAAGUGGUUUUUAUUGAAAGUAACGAGUUUUAGUAGCUACAAUUUUCCUUUUGAAGUGGUUUUUUUUUGUAGGGCCCUGCUCAAGCUCAGACCUUGAGGGAUUCUCUGACAGAGGCAUAGUCUGAUAUUGUUGUCGAGAUUGGACUCCGCAAAGGAUCUAACUCUUUAGUUGACGCACGCGCUGCUGGGUUCAGUGAAGAGAAUAAAACUUUAGGUGAGAUGUGGGAGACCAUUUCCGAAAGUGAUCUUGUGAUGCUGCUGAUUUCUGACUCUUCUUAGGCUGACAACUAUGAAAAGUUUUUCUCCCACAUGAACCUAACACGCACCAUUCUUGGGUUGUCUCAUGGAUUUAUUUUGGGGCAUCUGCAGUCUUUGGGAAAGGAGUUUCCCAAUAAUUUCAUUGUGAUUGCUGUAUGCCCAAAGGGAAUGGUGCCUUCUAUAAGGAGGUUGUAUGUCCAGGGUAGAGACGUCAAUGGUGCUAGAAUCAACCCUAGCUUUGCCGUUUACCAGGUUGUUGAUGCAGGAGUACAAAAUAACUAUGGUGAAAGGUGGAAGAAAGCAAGAAGGGAUUCAAGGGAAUUAUCAAAGGUUAAAAGAAAGCUGAAAAGCAGGAGUAUAAAUCGGAGCUAUUUACAAGCAGCAGGUUCUCGAGUUGAUUCUCUUUUUACUUGUCCAACAACUGAACUUCUUAUAUAUAUGAUGGAUUUCCCAGAAUAUCCUACAACAUCAAAGACAAGAAUGAGUGCUCGACAACGGGCGAUUUUGGGGAUUCCAAAACCUAAACGCCAAAAGCAAUCAAAGACAGCUGGUGCCGCAAUAAAUGUGGGCCAAUCGCUGCCUACUAAGCCCAUGGAGUUGUCUGCCCCUCAUUUUUGCGAUAAGUGUUGUGCAAAAAAGCUAGCCUUUGAGUCAUUGCAUUUUUGUUGCUGUGAUGGUGAAGUAGAAAUUACUUCCAAUGCUUUACCCCCUGAAUCAUAUAAACUUUAUACUUCUAAUGACGAUGAUUCGGAUCAUUUUCAAGCAUAUUCUCGCCUUUACAAUAACCUAUUUGCUUUUAGCUCAAUUGGUGGAUUUAUGGAUGGGGAUAUUCAUAAAGGAAUAUAUGCUUUGAAGGCUCAUGGCCAAAUUUAUCAUAAUAUUCCUGACCUGUUGCCUGAUAAUGAACCACCAAAAUAUUUACAACUUUACUUCUAUGAUGCUAUGUUUGAGGCAGAAAAUAGACAUGGUCUUUUUCCAAACUUAAGUCCAAGUAUAAUUUCCUUGAUCAUGGCUAUUAUGCUUUUGAAUCCAUAUGCCAAGUUUUUCAAGUCUCUUCGGGAGAUUGAAGUCACUGAAGAGACUGAAAUCAGGCUCAAUAAAUACCCCGUUCUUGAUCAACGUGUUUACAAUGCUCCGACAUCCGAAGAAGUAGCUGUGAUAUGGAGUGAAGGUACUUCAUCUAGCCAAAGCAACAGCCCACAUAUCAUUGCUCAUGGAAAAUCAAACAAGAGCCAUAAGAUAUAUCAUUAUUAUGGCUGUUACGAUCCGCUACAAUACCCACUUCUAUUUCCUCGAGGUGACUGUGGGUGGCAUCACGGUUUACUAAAAAUAUCUCACGGAGGACGGUCCCAAGUGGAAGACCUUUCAAAUAUUGUCAUUUCAGACAAUGUUCAAGAGGCAGCUGAUUUGGUAACUGAAGAAGGUUCUGCUGCUGCUCGGGCGAAGAAGGGCAAGCUUAUUUCUUGCAAGGAGUACUAUGCAUACAAGUUUCAAAUGCGUGCUGGAAAUUUCAUCCUACGGGCUGGGCGGCUAUUCUUACAAUAUAUUGUAGACAUGUAUGUGAAGAUAGAGAAUACUCGGCUGGAUUUCUUUAGACAAAAUCAGGCACAAAUUAGAGCUGAGCUAUAUCAGGGAUUAGUAUAUACACUAGAAGGCGGUGAAGCAAAUGCAUCGAAUGUAGGUCAGUGUGUUAUCCUCCCUCCUUCCUUUUUGGGGGGGCCUUGUGAUAUGCAACGACGUUAUCUCAAUGCUAUUGCUUUUGUACAACGUUUUGGGAAACCGGACUUAUUCAUAACAAUGACCUGCAACCCAAAUUGGCCAGAAAUCAAAGCAGAGCUGGCACACGGGGAAAAAGCACAAAACCGACCCGAUCUUCUAGCUCGUGUUUUUGGAGCAAAGCUUAUAGCACUGAAAAAAAAAUAAAAGAAGGACAAGUGUUUGGAGAGGUGGCUGCGUUCAUUUAUGUAGUUGAGUUCCAAAAACGUGGCUUGCCACAUGUUCAUAUGCUCAUUAUUUUAAAGCCGGAAUUUAAGAUAAAGCAUCCAGACUCAUUUGACAAGUACGUUUCCGCUGAAAUUCCUGUA